UCUCUCUCUCUCUCUCUCUCUCAGUGCCUGCCCCUCCCCUCCCAUCCCCUCCUCACCCCUCAAGCAAGCUGCUAUCACCCCCGGGAGGCCCCCCCAAUCUGAUGAGUCCGCGACGUGGACUUUGUCGUUCGACAGAACCGGCUUUCGCAUCACCAUCGUCACCACCACCUCCAUCACCACCAGCAUCAUCACCACCACCACCAUGUCCUCGCGCAAGAUCUCCUCUGAAUCGUUCAGCAGCUCGGUUGGCUCGGACUGUGGGCUCGAGAGCCCCGGGGGAGACACCGGGGGAGACGGUGCGGAUUCGGUGGAGGGUCGCGGAUGUCCUUUUUCCUUCUCUGCGUCCCAGCGCACAGCGGUCUUCUGGAACGGCCGGAGCCCCGUAGAGAAGCAGGGAUGCCCGUUCAGCGGCGGCAGUAGCAGCGAGAAGCCAGGGCCAGGGGGGCCCAUCAAGAGGGCCACGAGGCGGAGACGCGUGAACCUUGAUUCGCUGGGGGAGAGCCUGAGGAGGCUGACCUCACCUACGACCCAGACUGUCCAGGAGGCCCUCCAAAGAACCCUUGAGUUCUACAGACAACAAGAGAUCAGGUGCAGAGAGGACGGCAGUGAGGAGAGAUGCAAGCUGGAAAAGUGCCCAUAUCUGGAAAAGUCUGGUUCAGAAGAGGACAUCUCAGGAACUCUGCACUACAUGGCCACUAUACUUGGGGUGCCGUACUGUGAGCUGCGUGAGCACUUCGGCGAGGACUUCUUCAGCCUCUGCUUUGAGGAGAACGAGAGGGUCCUCCGGGCGGUGGGGGGAAACCUCCAGGACUUCUUCAACGGCUUUGACGCCAUCCUGGAGCACAUCCGCACAUCCACCGGGCGCAGGGCCUCGUCCGAGAGCCCCUCCUUCCAGUGCAAGGACCCCCACGACGAGACCCGAGGGAGGGAGGUGCGCCUGGUGGGCGGGGUCGGGCACAGCGAGGGCCGAGGGAAGACGCUCCUGCUCCAUUGUUUAAACCCCGCCCCCGUGGUGGGCUUGGUCAUGCCGGGGUUGAUCAGAGCCGUCGCCAGGCGGAUUUUCCACUCCGAAGUCAGGGUGGAGGAAGUCCCGCCCCUCACUCCCCUGUCUCCGAACGACGACGCAGACCACUCCGGCGGCGAGUCCCCGACUCCCACCCCCUCCCCCAGCACCUCUCCCCCCUCCUCCCCAUGGCCUCUCUCUCCCUGUCCGUCCUCCUCGUCCGCCCCCGUAUGCCUGUCCUUCCUCAUCAGGGAGACCUCUCCUGCCUCGCUCCCCGCCCUCUCAAACACUCCCUCCGGGACCGCCCCCAGCAGACCCCCCCUGUCGCUGUCCACGAGCCCCACCGACCUGUGCAUCGGCCUGGCCACCUUCUGCAGGGCCUUCCCCUUCCACCUGGUGCUGGGACCCCGCAUGGAAGUACUGCAGCUGGGCGAGGGGCUGAGGAGGCAGGCCCGCAUCGAGCCCCUCCGCAGCUUCUGCUUCAAGGACUGCUUUGAGAUCGUCUCACCCAAGAUCGAGCCCUCGUUCAAGGGCAUCCUGGUGCGGCUGGCGUCGCCCUUCACCAUCCGCACCAGGCCGGACAGCACACAGUCUGGCACCAAGGAGAAGGUGAUGGAGCUGAAAGGCCAGAUGAUCCACCUGCCUGAGUCCAGCUCCCUUAUGUUCCUGGGCUCGCCGCGGGUGGACAAGCUGGAGGAGCUGAUGGGCCGGGGGCUCCACCUGUCAGACAUCCCCAUCCACGACGCCACGCGGGACGUCAUCCUGGUGGGGGAGCAAGCCAAGGCCCAGGACGGCCUCAAGAAGAGGAUGGACAAGCUCAAGGCGACGCUGGAGAAUACCCACCAGGCCCUGGAGGAGGAGAAGCGGCGAACGGUGGACCUCCUGUACUCCAUCUUCCCGGGCGACGUGGCCCAGCGGCUGUGGCAGGGCCAGCCCGUGCCGGCGCGCAAGUUUGAGGACGUAACCAUGCUGUUCUCGGACAUCGUGGGCUUCACGGCCGUGUGUGCGCAGUGCACGCCCAUGCAGGUCAUCUCCAUGCUCAACGAGCUGUACACGCGCUUCGACUACCAGUGCGGCAUCCUGGACGUGUACAAGAUUGAGACCAUAGGCGAUGCCUACUGUGUGGCAGGUGGACUACAUAAGAAGAUUGACAGCCAUGCUAAGCCAAUCGCGCAGAUGGCUCUGAAGAUGAUGGAGCUUUCAGAGGAAGUACUCACCCCUGACGGCAAGCCCAUCAAGCUCAGAAUAGGCAUCCACACAGGCUCAGUGCUAGCUGGCGUGGUCGGAGUUAAGAUGCCACGCUACUGUCUGUUUGGCAACAAUGUGACCCUGGCCAGCAAGUUUGAGUCUGGGAGCCAUCCCAGAUGUAUCAACGUCAGUCCAACAACCUACCAGCUGCUGAAGGAUGACCGCUCAUUUUCGUUUGUCCCGCGGUCUCGGCUGGAGCUCCCAGACAACUUCCCCAAAGAGAUCCCAGGAACUUGCUACUUCCUGGAGGCGGGGACAUCACAUAGCCACGCCUCUCUCACCAGCUCUCGCUCCGCCCCUCCGGCCUCUAUGAGGAAAGUCUCCUAUAGCAUCGGGACCAUGUUUCUAAGGGAAACAAGCUUAUAGGUCUCAGAUGGAGAACCAGAUAAAUUGAUAUUCAUGUUAUGAUUUACUGGCUCAGAUGCACAGGAGGCCGUAAACAUGUGGGAAGCCAUACACACACGGAUCUAUGGAUAUGCACACGCUUUGUGUAUCACGUUGGAUUUCAAAUGGCUGAAAACAUAUUGCUGGUACAAGGAAAAUGCAAAAUUCCCUACCGGCCAGGAACUGUGAGGUACAUUCUCAUACUGAAAUCAGAUGGGAAUUAUUCACUAAGGAUGUUACUAAGGGACAGCUUGCCAAAUUCACAAGGACAAGACCGAGCCAGGACCAGUCAUAGAACCAAACCUAGGACCAGUCCCAGAUCCAGCCCUAGAACCAUCCCAUAGAACCACACAUCCUAGAACUAUCCCUAGAUCCAGCCACUCCAAUAGCCCAUAAAACAGCCCUAUUUUACAGCCCUAGAACCAGUCCUAGAACCACAAACAACCCUAGAACCAGUCCAGGAACCAGCCCUAAACCCAGCCCAAGAAGAAACUCUAAAACCAGCCCAAGAACAAACCAUUGAACCAGCCCUGAGACCAGAACGAGCCCAAUAACCAACCAUAGAACCAGCCCCGGAAUCCCUAGAAUCUGCCCUAGUACUAGUCCCUAUGACCAGCCCUAGAACCAACCCAAGAACCAGUCCUACGGUCUAUCUAUCGCACAGGUGAGGUCCCCAUUGAAGAAGGGUUUCCCUCUCUGUUCAAUCUUCAAAUCAGGCUAUGCCUUGAAAAAGGAAGUCUGCUCACUCAGUGCGACCGUCAUGCAACCGUGGGCUGCAUGGGACUAGAGACAGAGACACAAACACAAGACACAAGAAAGAUAAAAGGUUAAAUAGUAAUAGUUGAGAAAAAUAAUACUAAAAGGACAAAUGACAAAAAUACUUAAUCUAAGCUGAUUUUGGAGCCUUUUCUGCUUGUGAGCUGCAGCCAAUUACCGACAUGGACACCAUUAGAGCCAUUUUAUUGCAGGUACUCUGUUUAGGACGACGACCUACUCCCAGCUCAGUGCCUUCUACUGCUCAGACCAGGACAUAGUACACAGUGAAUACAUUUUGAAUAUCUGAAGACAUACAAAAAGAUGAGGAGUGCUUAAUCAAUCUUAUUUUUGUAAGCAAUACCACACCUGGUUUUAUGUUAAUAUGUGAUUAAAGAAAAAUACACAGUACUAUAUGCAUUAGGUUGAUAAGGUCAUAUUCAUUCAGAUAGAAAAAAAGAUUCAUUGCAGUGUUUUCAACGUAAAGGCUGUGACAAAGCCAAGUAGAAAAAAAAGUGUUAAAAUAUGGAUUUUUAGUUCAAAACGUUUAAUGAUACACAUUGUCAAGCCAAGUUGCUUUGUAUAGAUCAUAUUUGUAUUUUCACGAUUACAGUCUCAAAAGACACCAUUAGGGACUCCCCCUUAACCCUACCCUUUGCCGCCCUACGUGAAAGGAAAACCUACCGCAAACUCCCGAAGAGAACAGGAAGAUCCUUGAGAAGUAACUCAUAGUGAAGACCUCUCCUUCCAUGGAUGGCUAGGAGGGCAGAAGGUGCUGGGUUGGGCAGACAUGAGAUGAUAAUAAAAUUACAAUGUGUUGAAGGAGAAUAUCCAAUAUGACAAUUUAUUUGAAUACAUACAAAAACAGCACCUACAAAACCCCUGGUAUUUGACGUUCAUGAUCUUUAUCGUUACCAUUACAGAUGUAGAUGUAUAAGUUAGAACCUAUGACAUACUUAUUUUACCAAAAGGAUUUUAGAUCAGAUUCUUCAAUUCUGCUACUCCACUCUUCUAGAUUAUAAAUAUUUGGGUUUUUUUAAGAUGUCAAAAAUGUUAAAUUUGUGUGUUCUAAAGGUCAGCAUCACAUCUUUCAUAUCAGCAACAAAAAUCCCCCCAAUAGUACAAGGGAAAAUAUGAUGAUAAGCUACUCUACUGUUGGUCUACAGAGCAGUAGUCACAAUGGAGAAUACUGAUUCCUGUCAUACUGAACGGAAGCCAGGGUUAUAGAUUGGAUUAUUACUAUUAGAUAUAAAUAUAUGCAUACCCAGAGAUAAUAAUCAAGCCUUCAUGUUUUGAUUAUUACAUUAUGUGGUCUCAUUUCACCAACUGGUCAGCUCCUCAAGUGAAAGUAAUGAAAGGACAUUUGUAAAAAUAAAUAGAAGGUCAAUUCACUUAUAAGGUGGAUGCAAAUGUUGUUCUAACAACAUGAACAUUCAUGUAUAUUAAUUUACAAGCAAAUUACCCUGAAAAUAACUUCUGUAUAAAUGGUGCUACCUUAAUGUGUGUGUGUGUGUGUGCCAAUCUUAAAUACAAACAUUGAAAUUGAAUUUCAAGACGUGAAGUAAAUAGACACUGCCGGAAUGUGAUUUCUUCUUGCCAACAUCCCCAAUGACAGAGAGAUCUUAGAGAUGCCUCCUUUCGACUUUGCAAUGCAGAAUCCAUCCUUAAUACUAAUUGACCCUCAAAUGUUUCCCAAAAGAAAAUCUGUGAGAACAGUAAGGAAGAACUGCCUCCAAUCCCAUUGUUUUGCAAUAAGAACAGCUUGUAAUUAUGCUGUGUUGUUCUCAAAGCUGGGAUAGGCAAAUUUAAAGAGAAAGCUAGAUUUUAAAAAAUGUAACAGAAAAAAUCCCCCCGUCGCUUCAGGCCCCCAUCCAAAGCCAGAACAUAUGGCUAGCUCGCAAGCUUUAGCAGAAGCUUUGCCUAGCCUUGUACGCAAUUUGCAAUGAGCGACGCAGGUAGGUAGGUAGGUAGACAGGCAGGUAGGACAUCCAAUAUUUGAAUCUGUGCCAAAGGAAAUGAUUGAUACAGAUUUUUUUAUUUUGGUCAGAGCAUUUGAUUUAAUGAUUGCUUUCGGAAUGUGUAGAGAAUUUCAACAAAUAUGACAAAAAAAUGCUUCUAAAAUAAAUUGCCUACGCUUGCUUAAAGGUAGUUUAACAAUGUGCCACAUUUCUCUGAUUAAGUUCCCGUUUGAAUAUUGGUUGUUCUAAGAGAAAGGACAUUAUAGAAGAAAAUGUAGCCCAUAUGGUAAAUUGUUUGAGGAGUGUGGGUGUAAUAUGGGUGUAAUCUUGUAUUUUGUAAUGAAUAUAUUUGUUUAUUUUCGGACAUUCAAGACAGAGUUGCACAAACUGAUGUAACAGUUUUUACGCAACAGGAUUUUAAUUGGCAUCAACAAUUGAUUUAAUGAGUAAGAUUUUGGGAUUUUUGCAUCCAAAUAUGUUUAGUUUACUGGCAACUACUGUGUAUUUACGAAAGACAUAAGGUGAUCUUGAAUGUAAUAUACGUUUUUUUCUUCACCUGCUCAGACUAAUUGAUACAGAUACAGGAAUGUAUAAUCUAUCCUAUCUUUAUAGUCAAGAUAACAGAAAUGACACCUAAUGGCACAGUGCUGAAUAAUCAUACAAAUUGUCCAUAUUGAGACUUACUUAUUUAUUUGUAACAACUAUAACGGAAAUUGGUUAAGACUGAUAACGAAAGUAUGUAAUUUACUUACAAAGCAUCAACAUUUGUGUUUUGAUAAAUUAUGAUACAAUUCAUUGUCAACCAAAGAACAACAGACAGUAGCAAUGUUCACAUUAUGGAGAUAAUCUUUUAGCCCACGGGAGAUGUAGCAUUUGAAUAUAUUCUUUCCAAUAAUUAUAAUAAUGAUAAUAGUAAUUAUAACAUAAAAUAAAUUCAAUGGUCCUAAAAUACCUAAUUUGAAGGAUUUCUCAAAAGGUUUUAUGUUCCCAUGUUUGAAAUGACUUUCAUUUGUAUGUGUUUUCAUGAAUUGACCUUCAUAAUGCAGUCUCUCCUACACCAGCAUAACUCAUGUGCCAUAGUGGCAGAGAUGGUUUUCCACCGCAUCCAGUUCCUAUAGACCCACCAUUGUAUGAAAGCUCCUGUGUUGCUAGUGGCCAUUAGCCACUGUUCCAUGGUGACAGUACGUAUCACCUGGUCAGAGUUGGGAAUCUGAAAGCAAUAUGAUCUGAGCUGGACAACAUUUUUUUAUUUGCUUAGCUUGGAUGCUAUCUUCGGUGCCGCAGCAUAUUGAAUUAGACUCUUGGAUAUUCGGUUUAUUAAUGUCACAGGCCUUUCAUUUAGUCUAAACACGGGGUCACAUGAAGGCCUUGAUGGAACAUGGAGUAUUGAUUGAAUCCCUAUUUGGUCAGAAUGAGUUUCGUUUUUUUAAAUAAAAAAAAGGUCAAUAAUAGAGCUAGCCAAGUUAGAUUGCCCAUGAUAACUAAUUGCAGUAGCUGGUUAACUAUCUGUACUAUUUGCUAAAUUCACAAUAAUAUUGAACAUGUGUGUGUGUGUGCCUGUGCGUGUGUUUGUGUGUAGUUUCCACACACGUGUGGAACCUACACCCACAUACGCACACUGACACUGUGAAUAACAUUUAAUUAGUUUAUGCAUUUUUUUUUGAAAAAGAAAGAACAGGGCUAUUGGUGUUCAGCUUAUAUUAUGUAAGCUAUCCUUCACAUAAUAUAAGGUACAUAUAAGAUACACAAUAGUGUGGACAUUUGGCAGCCACAGUUCUGUUUCUGUGAGAGCACUUGGAAGAGGGGGACAAUUGUUUUUUUGACUGAUAUCAAGGGCACAUAUUCUGUCUAACAUGAUGUAAAUUCUACUAAAAUGAAACAUUACCCAAUAUGUUUAAUAAAAAAACAAGACCAUUGUGGUUAUCCCUUUCA